GGCGGAGGCAGACCAUGAGUGUCGAACUACAAUGAUAAUAAUAAUGAUAUCAAACAUGUGGCCGUCGGCCAGCGUCCACACGCUGCCUCGCGCAUCAAUUUCUUGACGCAUAGGUUAGUGAUUGUUAGUGGUUACUGGUUGCUUGUAUAAUGUACAGUCAAUUUCGUCUCGAUGGUCGGCGCAAUAAGUCGCGCUAAUAUCCACCGCAGUCUUGGUAGUCUUCGCGCGCCCGACAUGAUCCGUCGCCGUUCAUUAUAAUAUUAUAUUACUAUACCAGCCAUCAGCAGAAGUCCUAUCAUUGGCAAUCGGUGCGUGACGGCUGUCGAACUGUCGAAGUAUUGGAAUUUGGAAUACAACAAAACAAGAAUCCGUAAUAUAUAAAAAAUAUAUAGUCACUCACUCCAGAAUACGCACUGACCGAACACAGGAUAAUACGAUGGGCAAAUGCCAAUUCUCCGGUUCCUCCAGACAGAUCGCUGCGUGCAUUGUCGGUCGUGUGGAAUCCCGACCAACCACCAGGCRUAGACCGUUUAGACGAGUGUUUMUUAUACCAAGGAAAAACAAUUGGAUGAAUAUAUUUUUGUAAAAACUAUUACACUCAUCUAAAUUAUCAUCAAAUUUGCCCUCAUGAUUGCACCACUGAAGUGCAUCAUUAUUUAUGGCCGGUGACAUAAUAUUAUAUAGUAUUAAUAUCGCUGUGCUUAUAGCGUCAUUACCCGUGUUCAUGGCGGGAAUUGUGCUCGGGUGGCCGUCGCCGGUUAUGGAUUACAUGUCGGCCGGACAGACGCCUCUGUUACUGACAACGGCGGAAAUUUCGUGGAUGGUUGCGUGUAUUGACAUCGGAAACUUCGUCAUGGCCGUGCCCGCGGGAUGGCUGAUGGACCGGAUCGGCCGUAAGUACGCACUCACCWCGUCCGCACCGCUUAUGUUAGCCGGAUGGAUGUUCAUAAUUUUUGGCCGACAAGCAUGGUGUCUGUUCGUGGCCAGGCUGCUCCAGGGAACCGCCGUGGGCAUCGCAUGGGUGGUGGUUCCAGCGUACGUCGGUGAGAUGGCCAGCGUUCAGAUACGUGGCAAGCUAAGCCUGUUGGUGCAGCUCAGCUACGCGUUUGGACUGUUGUUCUCAUACUCAGCCGGUUGGCUUCUAAGUGAUUACUAUGCACUGGCCGCCACGUCGGCUUGCGUUGCGGUCGUAUCCGGUGCGCUGUUCUUGUUCCUGCCCGAGUCGCCUUACUAUCUGAUGUUGGACGGUCGACCGGACAACGCGGCCGCGUGUCUAUGGUCUCUGCGGAGUUACACGGACGAUGAUCUACAGGCCGAACUGUUGACCGUCAAACUCUCAAUUUCAAACGACAGGGAUAAAGGGAGCAUCAGAGACCUGGUUAACAGAGACCGUCGACCGUUGGUUAUCGUCAUUGUGUUGGCUGUACUGCAAAUGGCCUGCGGGGCUGGCGUGUUGGAGGCGUACGCGGCGUCCAUCAUGUCGGGCACCCAAAUAUCGGCCAAUGCCUCCGCUGUCUAUUUGGGCCUUGUCGUGCUGGUGGCCGCCGUGCCGUUUGCGCUGAUUGUGGACCGGUGCGGUCGGCGGCCGCUGAUGAUCACCUCGUGUUUCGGCACGGCCGCCUGUCACGCGGCCAUGGCCACCGUUCUCUGGCGGCGGGAUAUCGUCGGCCGUAGCUGGCAGCCGUUGUUCUGGCCGAUAGCUGGCGCACAGUUCUUCAUCAACAUCGGUCUCAUGCCUCUGCUGUCCGUCGUCCAGUGCGAGUACUUCCCGUCCGACACCAGGGCCCUGGCCGACACGGUUGUCGUGAUGGCCGUCACAAUCACGUCCACAGUCAUGAUUAYAACCUACCAGCCGGUGGCCGAUGCCCUCGGCGCAUCCGCCAACUUCGCUGUCUACUCGGUUGCUUGCCUAGCCGGCGGCCUAUUUUGUUGCCUGUUCAUGCCCGAAACCAAAAAAAAAUCGUUUGCUGAAAUACAAAUAGACUUCCACAAAACUGUACAGCUCGUUGACGACGGAGUUCAGAAACUAUGUGAUUAUCAGGAGAUCUGAGCCACGCUCCUAUGGUCAGUGGCGCAACUAGGAUCUAUCUAUUUUCAGUGGAGGAGGGAGGGCGAUUAUACAUAGAAAAAAAACAAGUCUUCACUUUGAAAUUGAACACCCCCCCUCCCCUAAUCCCCAAUGGUUUCACUAUUGCCUGUGGAAUUAAUAUAUAAUAUACAAAUCCUGCAUGAGGUGUUCGUUGACGACAGUAUUAGACAAAUUUAAACGUAUAUAUUUAAUCUCCAGUACAAUUAAUUAUAAAUAUACAAAUGAUGUGCAAUUCAGUAUAUAAUCUUGGUUCGUACCUUUCAACGCGAAAAUAUUUUCAUCUAACUCCAUACGAUGUCGUUUAAUUAUUGUAUAAUCACUUAUUUAUAUAAUUAUAUUUAUUUUUCACUUAUAGUAAGACAACAAUAUUGCGAUAUGUAUUUAUUCAUCGACAUAAUUUUCAAGGUUUGUACUUAUUUAUUUUGUAGUUUUACGGAGUAAAAACUCCAUUUACAUAAGAAAAAAACAAUUACAAUUUAUAUUUAUUCUUAUAUAUUAUAUAUAUAUUUCAGAUAUAAGUAUAGUAUUAUAUUAUACUCAAUAUACUCAGUAUAUAUAUUUUUACAUGUCCCAAUGACCUAACCUCUUAACCAUAUCGCGUAGGUAUUAGUAGAUAAUAAAUGAUUUCCUUGUUACUCUUAACUAAAUUUUAAAUAUAAUACAAUAAACUGAAUUAUAGACUUAUUACUCAAUAACAAGGCUAUAAAUUAUAAGUUUUCACUAAUAMACGAAUGUGUCAACAUUUAAGAAAAAAAAUUGUUGGGUUCAGAAUUCAAAAUUACACAAGUAAUUAACCUUAAAAUUAGAAAUUACAACAAUUUAGUAUUAACAUUUUUUUAAAUAAUAACAAUUAAUAUUAUAAUA